AUGCCACCAAAACCAUCUGCUAAAGGAGCCAAAAAAGCUGCGAAAUCGCAGAAAGUUCGCGGUAGUGACAAGAAGCGGAAAUCUCGACGCAAGGAGUCGUAUUCUGCAUAUAUCUACCGUGUCCUGAAGCAAGUUCAUCCCGAUACAGGCAUUUCCUCGAAGGCAAUGUCGAUUAUGAAUUCGUUUGUGAAUGAUGUUUUCGAGCGUAUUGCCGCGGAGGCUAGUCGCUUGGCUCAGUAUAACAAGCGCUCGACGAUCUCGUCACGUGAAAUCCAAACUGCCGUCCGACUUAUUCUGCCUGGUGAAUUAGCGAAACAUGCUGUGUCGGAGGGAACCAAAGCUGUUACCAAAUAUACUAGCUCGAAGUAA